AGUCUCCGGCGGGCUCCGCCCGCGGCCCGGCCCUCCCCUCCCGGGCCCUCCCCUCCCGGGCCCCGGGCCCUGGGCCCUCGGUGUCCCGGCGGCGCCCGGGCCCGACAUGUUGCCCGACGGCCUGUCGGCGGAGGACGAGCAGCGCUGCCGGCGGCUGCUGGCGGACGCCACGGCCCGGUACCGCACGCGGCCCGCGGCGGCCGCGGUGCUCGUGCCGCUAUGCUUAGUGCGCGGGGUUCCCGCGCUGCUCUACACGCUGCGGUCCAGCCGCUUGGCCGGGAAGCACAAGGGCGACGUCAGUUUCCCAGGCGGCAAGUGUGACCCUGCUGACCACGACGUGGUGCACACGGCCCUGCGGGAGACCUGGGAGGAGCUGGGCCUGGCCGUGCCCGAGGAGCAGGUGUGGGGCAUCCUGCGGCCCCUGCAGGACCGGGAAAAGGCAACUGUGGUGCCAGUGCUGGCCAAUGUGGGCCCUCUGGAUCCCCAGGGCCUCAGGCCCAACCCCGAGGAAGUGGAUGAGGUGUUCGUGCUGCCCCUGGCCCACCUGCUGCAGGCACAGAACCAGGGCUACACCAACUUCUGCGUGGGUGGCCGCUUCAGCUACACGCUGCCCGUCUUCCUGCAUGGGCCACACCGCGUCUGGGGGCUCACAGCUGUUGUCACCGAGCUCGCCCUGCAGCUGCUGACACCUGGCACCUUCCAGCCCCGCCUGGCCAGUGCCAAGCUGCCUGGGGGCUGAAGGCCCUGCCCUCCCUGCUGCGCUGCCUGGCAGCCCCCACCUUCACCCCACCAGGACCGAAUAAAAGGCCUUCGCCAACUC